GCCUCUGCCUCCCAAGUGCUGGGAUUAAAGGCGUGCGCCACCACUGUCUGGCUAUGGGUAUCUUCUCCUCGCUUUAACUUCUCCAGUUCUGGAUUAUUCUUAAAUGCUGUCUAAACAUAAUUCAUCUCAUUAUCCAAGUUGUAAUGUUUUGCAGCUUAGACUAUUUAUGUUUAUUUCUUCUCUUAAUAAUGUAACCUGUAUCUUGUGAGCUGAUGGUAAACCCUUCACUUGAGUGUGAAGAGCAUAGCACUAGUCCCAUGUUUAUCGGCAUGCAUAUUUUAAAGAAUCAGCAUGCAAAAACUCAUGUUCUUUUAAAAAUUCUGGAAAUCUCAAUGGCUGGAUUUAAUAAAGUGCUGAAAUUAUAAAUACAAAACAAAUUUAAACAAAAUCAUAUGCGGCUAUUGAAAGGGUAGUUAAUGAAAACAUUCAUAGUGAUUAUCAAGGGUAUGGUGAUUUUUUAAUGUUUUAUCUCAAAUAAUGUUUCAAAAUUCUUCUGCUGAGACUCAGUACUUCUUAAAGAUAUUUUUGAGACGAGAUCUCAUCAUGGUCUUGAACUUGUAACAGGUUUCUCCCACAUCCAGAGUGUUGGGAUCACAGGCAUUGCACCAGCAUUCCUAGUUAGCUAACCUACUGGGAACUUUAUUAUAAGUGAACAAUAGACAAUAGACAAGAGCCUAUGCUUUUAUCUUUUAACAACUUAGAAAAUUUGUAUGUAGCUACGCAUUCCACUCUCAAAAAUGGGGGUGGAGUGGAUUAAAGAUUCAACUGGGCAUAAGUCCAUGAGAAAGGUAUGUGGAUCCAUAAGUCCACGAACAAUGGGUGUGUAUCCAUAAGUCCACAAGUGGUGACCAUUAUCAUUUUUAUUAAUUUUCUGGACCAACUUGUUCUAUUUUCUUCUCUUUUUUACCAUAGACUUUUCAAUGGUUUUUUUCAAAAGGUUGUAAUUGGCCAAAUGAGCUGGUCAACAAACCAGAAAACUGAGUUUCAUCCCCAGACCCACAUUAUGGAAAUAUAAAACCAAUUCCUCAAAGCUGUGCUCUGAUUUCAACACACACACACACACACACACACACACACACACACACACACGUUUUUGAGUUGUGUUUAUGGGUGGCUCCCACUUAUUUCAUGAUUAGCACAGACACCAGGGUAUUGUAAGUUCUUAAUAUUUUUGACUACUUGAUUGAAAGAAGAGUUGUUUAGUUGUGACAUACUGAUAAUUAAACAUGGCAAAAUGCUGAAUUAACAGAACUAUUGCUGGAACCAAAUACUCUGACAUACACCGAGUAACCUGAUCUUGCUAUAGUUAAUUGAAAUUAUUCAGUUAUCACUGUUUUUCAGCAUAUCUUUCCUUUUUCUCUCUUAGUGCUUAAUUCAAGUUUCCUCUCUUAUCCACUGGCUUAAUGAAUGCAGAAUUUCUGGUAUUUAAUUUUAUAAUUUGAAUAUGCUUCUAUGUUUCCCAAGUUACUCUCCCAACUUCCUUCACUUCUUGCAGUUGAAUUUUUGACACAUCUGAUAUAGAAAAUUUAAUUCUUAAUGUUUUCCAACAUAUUAUUAAUUUUUACAUGAUUUUAUGCAUAUUUGGCUGAGAUAUACUAUUAAGCUUAUGGAAUUUGAAUAUCUCAUUUUGAGAUUGGCAGUGACAGAAAGGACCAUCUUAGUAUCAAAAGUCUCUAAUCACUUCAUCACAUGUAGGAUCUUGGUUAAGUGACCUCUAGUGACAUCAACUGUUUCAAUGAUCAUUAACUAUCUUGCUGUUUCUAUCAAGUCAAAUAACAUGACACAGCAUUAUAGAAAUAUCAUGCUAUUUGUUUUAGUGUUAUUCAUAUUAGGAGUAACUCAGUAAUGAGUCUGUGCAUUGUACUCAUGAUACUCAUGUAGAGAGCUAGACUGAACACAUCAUAUCUGCAUUGCUUCAAUUAUUUUGCCUGCCUACAGCCUUACAAUAGCUUCUCUUUGCUUAGAAUAAAAUACAAGUACUUAUUUAUCCUGGGUUUUACUUUACAGAUCUCUGUAGCUCUUGAAACACUACACUCUGGUAGACUGUCCUUUAUUAUCUAAAUUACCUAUACUUACUCUCAAAGGCUCUUCACAUGGCUGGGUCACCUGUUAUAUUUCUGAUCCUUCACAGUCCACAUUAAAGGCAAGAAUCUUCUUGCCUUAAUGGGGAGAAUUUUCAUAACUACUCCCCAUUAAGUUUGGUGCACAGAACAUUUCCUAUGUCAUACAUUUCACACUGCUUGAGCACGUUUAAAAUGUGUACAUCCUGUUAAAAUGUAUAGACCUGAUCUUGCUAUCAUUAUAUACAUAACUUCUACAAAUUAAACAUCUAUCUGGUAAUUAUUUAAUACAGGUUAAGAAAAUAAUUAUUAUAUUACUGUGGAAGAAGAGGAAACGUUCUUAAGUAUUCCCUGGGCAUGAAAAUAUGGACGCAAUUAUGCAUUUUCAGCCAUUGAUAUAAGCUGUCAUAUCUUAACCACCUUCACUUUUCAUAAUGUUUCUCCUACUAUUACUGCAACUCACACAUUUUACAAAUAUUGCAAAAUAAAGAAAACCACAAAAGGAGAGAUAAGUAAGUUAUGACUUAAAUUAUUUUAAAACUUGUAGGUAGUAAUUACAGAUGAGGGUAGUACCCUAUCAGGUGUGCACCUGUAAAUCAUGGAAAUAAGGGCUCUUUUAGAGACAGGUAAUUCCAUUUAGUGCAUUAUACUUUCCUAGUUUACGUUUAACUUGUGUGGCACAAGAAACUCCUUCAGUAGGGUCAAGAGAUUUGAUAAGGGAAAUAAACGACAUAGAUCAAAACCAGUGACAAAAGCAGAAUUUAAUACUGAGAACGAACGCAUGGUGGCGCUGUUGACUAAGACGUUGUGCACUCAGUACUCACAGACUCCGAUGAUGUAAAACCACGGUUUCUGUGAACCUGGAUAGAUUUUUAAGCACGGAAAUCUGAAUCUCUGGAAAACAUUAGUUGUUAGUCUGUCUCUAAAAGACCUUGCUUCUCAUCGAGAGAUAUAAGGCCCCUCUUGGUGACAAUCCCUUGGAAAUACACCGCAGAAAUACAAUGGAGGCCAGAGAGGAACGCUUUCUUAAACAAAGGCAAGUCUUGCUUCUCUUUGUUUUUCUGGGUGGGUCUCUUGCUGGGUCCGGGUCUAGGCGCUAUUCUGUGGUGGAGGAAAAAGAGAGGGGCUUCGUAAUAGCCAAUCUAGCGAAGGAUCUGGGGCUUAGUGUAGAAGAACUGGCUGAAAGGAGAGCUCAAGCUAUCUCCAAAGGGAACAUACAGUAUUUUCAGCUCAGUCAUCAGACCGGAGAUUUGCUCUUGGGUGAGAAAUUGGACCGGGAAGAGCUGUGCGGCUCGACAGAGCCUUGUGUGCUGCACUUUCAGGUAUUGCUGCAUGAUCCUUUGCAGUUUAUUACAAAUGAACUCGAGGUCAUAGAUGUAAAUGACCAUGCCCCGGAGUUCUUUGAAAAUGCAAUGCAGCUGAAAGUCCUGGAAAACUCCGUGCCUGGGACAGUAAUUCCUUUGGGAAAUGCCGUGGACCUGGAUGUGGGAAGAAAUGGACUCCAGAACUACACGGUCUCUCCCACGUCCCAUUUUCAUGUUCACACCCGCCGUCGCAGGGAUGGAAGGAAGUAUCCAGAACUAGUUCUAGACAGAGCUCUGGAUCGGGAAGAGCAGUCAGAGCUCAGUUUAACUCUCACAGCCCUGGAUGGGGGAUCCCCGCCUCGUUCUGGAACUACCCAGGUCCAUAUCCUGGUCUUAGACACAAAUGAUAAUGCCCCAGAAUUUACACAGUCACUCUAUGAGGUUCAAAUUUUAGAGAAAAGCCCUAUUGGCUCUGUCAUUACCACUGUCUCUGCCUCUGACUUAGAUACGGGAAAUUUUGGUGCAAUAUCAUAUGUAUUUUUUCAUGCUUCUGAAGAAAUUCUCGAAACUUUUCAACUGAACUCCAGUACUGGUAAUAUACAACUACUUAAGGGUUUGGAUUAUGAAACAAUUAAUACUUAUGAGCUUGAUGUAGAGGCUAAGGAUGGUGGAGGCCUUUCAGGGAAAUGCACAGUCAUAGUUCAGGUACUUGAUGUGAACGAUAACCCACCAGAACUAACCCUGUCAUCAGUUAACAGUCUUAUCCCGGAGAAUUCAGCAGAGACUGUGGUGGCUGUUUUUAGCGUUUCUGAUUUAGACUCUGGAGAUAACGGAAAAGUGACAUGUUCCAUCCAGAACGAUCUCCCCUUCAUCUUGAAACCAUCUGUAGAGAACUUCUAUACUAUAGCGUCCGAAGGGGCUUUGGACAGAGAGAGCAGAGCUGAGUACAACAUCACCAUCACUGUCUCAGACAUGGGCACACCCAGGCUCACAACCCAGCACACCAUAACAGUGCAGGUGUCUGACAUCAACGACAAUGCCCCCGCCUUCACCCAAACUUCCUACACCGUGUCCGUCCGUGAGAACAACAGCCCCGCCCUGCACAUAGGCACCAUCAGCGCCACAGACUCAGACUCAGGCUCCAAUGCCCAUAUCACCUACUCGUUGCUGCCGCUCCAGGACCCACAGCUGGCCCUGGACUCGUUCAUCUCCAUCAGUGCAGACAACGGGCAGCUGUUCGUGCUCAGGGCGCUGGACUACGAGGACCUGCAGGCCUUCGAGUUCCACGUGGGCGCCACAGACCAAGGCUCACCCGCGCUCAGUAGCCAGGCUCUGGUGCGCGUGGUGGUGCUGGAUGACAAUGACAAUGCGCCCUUCGUGCUCUACCCGAUGCAGAAUGCCUCUGCACCCUGCACUGAGCUGCUGCCCAGGGCGGCAGAGCCCGGAUACCUGGUCACCAAGGUGGUGGCAGUGGACCGCGACUCUGGACAGAAUGCCUGGCUGUCAUUCCAGCUGCUCAAGUCCACGGAGCCCGGAUUGUUCAGCGUGUGGGCACACAAUGGCGAGGUGCGCACCGCCAGGCUGCUGAGCGAGCGCGAUAUGCUCAAGCAAAAGCUGCUGCUACUGGUCAAGGACAAUGGAGAUCCCCAGCGGUCUGCAAGUGUCACCCUGAAUGUGCUGCUAGUGGAUGGCUUUUCUCAACCCUACCUGCCUUUGCCUGAGGUGGCGCGCGACUCUGUCCAAAACGACGAGGACUUGCUCACGUUGUACUUAGUCAUCGCCUUGGCAUCUGUGUCUUCUCUCUUCCUCCUGUCUGUGCUGCUGUUUGUGGGGGUGAGGCUGUUCAGGAGGGCCAGGACGGCCUCUCUGGGGGGCUGCUCCAUGCCUGAGGGACACUUUCCUGGACACCUUGUGGACGUCAGCGGUAUGGGGACCCUGUCCCAGAGCUACCAGUAUGAGGUGUGUCUGACAGGAGAUGCUGGGACUGGUGAGUUCAAAUUCCUGAAUCCGGUGAUACCAAACCUGUUUCUGGAAGAAUCUGAGAGAAGUUAAGGGAAGUCCCCACUGUAGCUUUGUAGUCAGCUAAGGAUUGUAAAUGAUUCAACCUCUGUCGGUCCUGGUAAACUUCUUAUUCUGAUUAUUCUUUUAAGAAGUUGUACUACCAAUCUUUUUCUUUACCAGUAAUUCAACCCAUGGUAUCCCAAAUAGCUUUAAACUUGUUAUGUUCUUAUUAAUACUGAUUUUUCUUAGGAUUUUGUAGUUGUGCCUAUUCAUUUUCUAUUUAGGCAUGUCUGAGCAAUGAUUAUCUAACAGUUAAUGAAAUGAAUGUCUUUACAACAGUAUGGAACUUUUCAAUGCACUUAAGAAAAAUUAAAAUUGUAUGUAUUUGUGGCACAUAUCUUUACCAUAUAACUUUAUGUAAUUUUAGGCUACAUUGUUUUGAGUUCAUUGAGUUCUUGGCCUUUUUAGGUUAAGCAGUCUGAGAGCUGUAAAAUCUAGCAUACUUCUUUCUCCUAAACUGUACAUAAACGCAUGCUUCCUGAAAACCAUCAGUACACAGAAGUUGUGUCCUGUUCUGUUGUGAGCACCGUGUAUCCAAAAAAUUGUUAUGUUCAUUUGUUCAAAGGCAUGCCAUAGGUAGUAAGAUUAAAUGUCUCAAAGAAUUAUACAAUAAAAAUUAAGGAGAAAAUAUCAUAUGCUUGAUCUUCUUUUUUUGUGAAGCCAGUCCGUUAAACCACGGGUUUGACACAAUCCUUUUAAAAAGUAUUAUCAGAAACAGAAUUAUGAAGCAACUUCCUGUAAGUUAGCUGAGGACUCUUGAGGGUAUCAACUUUCUCCUUCUCCUUCCUUCCAUCCUUUACCACGGGGGUGGAAGUCUAAGUAUGACGACAGGCUAUAUUUUCUGGGGAUCUCUUUGGUUCCUCUAACUUUCAAAAGAGGAAAUUUCUUCUGAUGUGUGGCUCUUAUGUUUGAUACUGAUUGUUGGCUAAUCUCAGGUUUUUACUUUAUAAUACUUGAUAGUGAUGGGAAGUUUUUUGAUCAUUAAAAUUAUAUUUUGGUGUUUAAUUUUGCUUUUGUUGCCUAAUGUAGCUUUCGGUUUUUAGAUUAAGUUUUUAAGUUUUUAGAUUAAGAAAGUUUUAUUUGUAUGAAGUAUAUAUUAUUUUGAGCAUGAAUACCCCAGAAACAUAUCGCACUUGUCUGAAUAAUAGAUGUUUGCUUGUCAUGCUCUGCAAGCCUAGUAAAGCUGCCAUGUAAUUUAUAACUAGACUUAUUUUGUUCUGACUAUAAAAUGCCAUCGGAUAUU